GCAAUCUGUAGUUAUUGUCCGUAUUUAUCUACAGGAACGCAGGAUGGUGUAGCAUUCCCGUGCCCAGCUGGCACCUUCAGCAGGCAGAUGGGGUUGUCCAAUAAGUCAGACUGUGAGCUCUGCCCUCCAGGGAGAUACUGCAGUUCCUCUGGAUUGGCUGCUCCUACUGGGGUCUGCUCUGCUGGUUACCUUUGUAUCCAGGGUUCUGUUUCUCCCCAACCAGAGGAUGACCCAACAGGAGGCCACUGCUCUGCAGGGUCCUACUGCCCACAGGGUACCAGCUACAUGAUUCCCUGCCCUGCAGGCACUUUCAGCUCCAUAGAAGGAGCAGUUUCUUUGGAAGCAUGUCAGCCUUGUUUGCCUGGCCACUUCUGUGCCAAGGAUGGUCUCUCCUUCCCAUCUGGGCUUUGUAACCCCGGCUUCUACUGCAGAGAAGGAUCCAGAUCUGCCAUGCCUUGGGGUAAUACCACAGAAAAUGGCUCUGGCCUUUUAGGUCAUUUACUUACCUAA